AUGUUCGAGAUGAAGAAAACCAUUGACGCCUUAGUCAUACUAGCAGGUAAGAUUUCAAUGUACAAUGCUAAAAUGAACCCACAAUGUUCAAAAUGUAAAGCAGCAAUGAGGAAAUAUAACUACUCCGUCAAAGAGAUAGAACGUAUGCGAAACGACUAUGCUGACUUAAAGAAAGAAGUAGAGAAACCAGCAGAAGAUAAAAUGGACAUGUUGACAUUUCUGAACAAAAACUAUCCAACAGCUGACGAUUUCCUUCUUUCAGAUGUCAAGAAGAAAUAUAAAGAAACCUUCGGCAUUGUUAAAACAUUCGAUGUACUGACAGAAGAAAUAGAAGCUACGAAAUUGUUUAGAAUUUCACGAAUUCACAAUGUUUACCAUGUAAAACGCUUAUAA